AUGUAUUAAAAUAAAAUAUUUUGUGCAUUAUCUAGUAUUGCCUUAAUAUUUUUUUGUGUUAAUUUCAGGGAAUCUUUACCUUCAUUAUAUUUGGUAGAGUGCUUGAUUCUUUUCAAAACAAGUAUUUAAGUGAGUUUUAAAAGAAAUGAUAGAUUUUUUAGUGAAUUAGUGCAACAUAAAGAGUAUUGUGUAUUUUUAAUGAUAAAAGGACUCUUUCAAAAAAUGCGAAGUUAAUUUUAAUAGAUAAAUCGUAUCGAAUAAGCAGAUUCUAUAAAUUGAAAGUAAUGAUAAUUGUAGGGAUCAACAUCAUAAUACUGCUAUAUUUAGGUGCCAAUUUUUAUGCACCUGAGCUUUUAGAUUCCUUAUUAGCCAUAUAUGGAGAGUACACUAGCAUAAUCCAAGAGAGAGUAUCACAUUAUCCAUUCAAUUUUAGAUGAAAGAUCUAACUCUAUUUUAAAAUGUCAUCUACAACAGCAUUUUCUUUUUGAUCAGUUUCCCAUACAUGUCAUCAGAAUUCACCAUAUACUCCAAAGUGAAUUGGAGUUACUUUCGAUUCUUCAAUACAAUUUCAGCAUCAUAUCGUUACCUUCAAGUAUGAGAAUCCCAUCCUACUCUAGUUCUUAGAAGCAGUCCUCCUGUUGACAGCCUCAUUUAUGAAACCAACCAUAGCAGCCUACCCUUUGAAUUUCUUCGCCUUCAUGUUGAUCUAUGAAAUCAGUAUCCAGGAGCCUUUCUUUUUCAAAACUGUAUAAUUGUCUAGUAAUUAGCACUCAGUUGAAACAAAGCUUUAAACAUCAGAUACUGUGCAAACUACAGAUUGUGAUACAAUACACUCUGAUAAUAAUAUUGGCGUUAGAAUAUUCUGGAUUGCCCCAAUAUGGGUUAAACAGUUUUUAGGCCUUGCUCUCAGGACUGAAGACUUCGUAUGAUGGCCCCUACCUCCUCAUCUUAGCAAUAGCUUAUUUUUUAAACAUCAUAAUAGAUGUGCUCUACAAUGUGAGACAAUUAAGAGGUCAAGUAAGUGCGGCUAGCGAUUUAUCGAAUGACUUUGAUUUGGAUCUAAUAACUUAUUUGGCUUAGAAGGAAAGGUAGGAACGCAGAUAGACGGUGGUUGCAUUGAUAAUCCAAACUUAGGAGAAUGGGAUACAAGAUCAGAAUGAGUUACCGUAAAUUAAUCAGGGCGAGGCGAAUGGGGAAGUUCAGAGAAAUUAUAUGGAAUAGGAGUAGGAAGUGAUUGAGGAUAAUGUGGAAGGGUAGGAAAGGUAAAAGAAGAACCAUCAAUUUGUAAUAAUAAGGAUUCUUAUUGCGAUUUAAUAACUAUAUUGUGUAUUUAUCAUAAUGAGAUUUCCGUAUUUGGGAUUCACAUUAUCAAUUUUAUGGAUUUUCUAGAGUUCAAUCACUAGGAAUCCAGAGCAGAUAAUUUAGUUUUUAUUUUUGAUUUAUUACCCAACUGCAUAUUAUCAAAUUAGGGAAUGUGAGAAGCUUGAUAUAUUUGAUUAGUGUUUAGUUUGGACUUAACUCUUUAUUUGUUUUGGAACCUAUAAAUUUUACUUGAAUAAUAAGGAGUAAAUUCAAUUUGCGUUAAAUUAAAAGCAAUCCUUAUUCCAGACUUAUUUUAAUUAAGAAUAGGAGGAGGAAGCAUUUCAAUUAGCAUAAUUAAUUUGGGCAUUUGUUUUGAGGAACAGCUACUCAAUUACUUUGGUAAUAGUGUUUUGGAUUAGUCUGUUUACAGCUAACAUUAUACACACUCUCUUAUUGGUGACUACAAUCCUAUUCAUAGUGAGACACGAGAACAAAAAUAGAUCACAUUCCCAACAUUCAUUCAGACACAGAAAUUGGAUAUGGAUGGUUGUGAUAAUCAACAUCAUCAUAUUACUCAAAUAUGUGUAUAUGUUGGAGAUGGUGGUAUUCGGUGACUUUGGUUACAACAUAAUUGAGUUGUUUGGAUUUUAAUUUGAAUACAAUUUGCCAUUUAAUUUAGGGUUCAACGACAAAGAUUUUGGAUCUUUGAGUGUAUUUUGGAUGCUGGACUGUUUUGUUGUUCUGCAAUAUGAAACAUAUAAGAGUACUACCUAUAAACAAUUGCAGGAGAGCUAUCAGAAGAUGAUUUCAAAAAUUGGAUUAUUUUCAUCGAUAAGAUAGUUGUACAAUGUGUUGUAUAUCAAAUUUAUUUUAUGGAUCUGCUAUUGGAUUUCCUUAUUGAUACUCACAUUCUAAUCCUUCAAUAUUAUAAAUCUGUUUCAGAUUCUACUAUUGCUAUAUAUCAUAAAGACACACAUAUCAGGAAUGAUAAAUAAGGAUAUUCAAUUCAGAAAGAUUCAAAUUUGUUGGAGUAUCUUCCUGAUGCAAGUUGGAUUCGCCACAUUAUUUCGAUAUUUAUUCGACUUCUCUUGGUAAUUCAUUAUAUCUAUUGCAUAAGCUUACAAUUGUUGUAAUCUCAAUUGAGAAAGAUAACCAUUUAUGAAUAUUUGUAUACUCACCAAGGCUUCAUUGGAUUGAGCAAACGAGUGCCCUUUUUGAUCUUUCCCAAUCUUGUGUUAGACAUUGCAGUAUUGUGUUUGGGAUACUUGGGGUAAGACUAUUUGCAAUAGAUGAUAUCGAUCAAUGAUCUAGCAGUUCAUGUGUAGAGACAGCACAAGCAUACGAAUGAACAUAAUGAAAUUGAGUUGGAGGAUCUAAGCAAAAGUCUCAAGGAGAAUCUGAUCAACUCUAAUAAUGACUCUUAGAUGGAGGAUAGACAAUCCAUAGCAGCUAAUUUCGCUUUUGAUUUCACAAUUCAAUUGUAAUUUAUGUGUUGUUCUAUAAUAUAGUCCCUUUUUAAAUGUGAUAUUUAAGUAUGUGAGUUUGGGGUUGCCAAUUGUUAUCUACAUCGUUAUCGUUAUAACGUCAAUCAAAUAUAAGAUAUCCUGCAGUAUGUUAGUCUAUUUACUAAUCAUGUUCUAUUACAUCUACAAAACGAGAUCAUAUUUUAUUGAGCAAUUUCAGAAUCAUCAAAUCACAAGCAAACUCAACGAAAGUAUUAUUUGAAUUAAAUUAGAAAUCAUAAGAUGGAAAUACAUAUUCAUAAAUAAAGUAGAGAAGGAAGGAAUGCGAGUUAGGAUGGAAGACUCUCUAACAUCAAAAUACAAUACUAAUCUUAUUUUAACUAUUGCCAUGAUUACCAAAGACAUAAAAAUAAAAUCAUUUGAAUACAAGAAAGCUUGUUGGGUUGGCACUAUCAUGUUUAGUUUGCUAUUCCUGUUGAUUACUUACUUAUCGCAAUCGUUGAAAUAUUUUGAGGAUUACAUCGACUUAAAGACAAUGGUCAACAUUAAGUACAUCUUGUUUGCCUUUGGAACCUACAACGAUUACCAAAGAGAUGAUUUGAUAGUCAAAGACAUCUAUCCAUAUUUGGUAGCGUUGAUAAUAGUGAUCAUAGAUGUGAAAGCUUCAGACUUUCUCAAUUCCAUUGACAAUGAUGAUUAACAUCAAGAAUAGAUUACCAAAUCUAUUUAAUAGACUGAAUAAUACAGAGUCUCAGAGAGAGAGUCAUUGUAAAAUUCAGCAUCUUAUUUGAUUGAUAAUUUCUAUUACAACAAAUUUCAAUUGCUAAAGUUGAAUUUCCAAAAAGGAGCUAUUCAUUCUUCGGAGAGAAUGUACAUGAUAAUCCUCUUCUUUUUGGCUGCCAUAUCUGAAGGCAUAUUCAGCAUAAUUUACAUUCUAUUAUUUGCACUUGUGUUUUACUCGUCAACCAACUCAAAGUCUACCAUCAACAAGUAUUUUAUUUAAAGUAUUUUCUAAGAGUGAGCGUAUUAGUCGUGAUCUUCCAAUACGUUAGCUAUCUGAUAACAUUAUCCUAAGGUUCAUCCCCAAGAAUCCUGCCUGAGGAAUUCAACCAAACAGAAUAUCUCAUAUUCAAUUUCUCAAAUACAGAUUUGCUGGAUAAAUGGGGGUUGUCAGGUAAAGGAAGGAGCAAGGGAACCUUUAUUUUUAAUUGCAUCAUCAUAUUUGCCAUCUGGCUGUUUUAUUACUUUUAGGAAGUGCUCAGCAUCAAGAUGAUCUUGUUCAUUGAUCAAUGCUACAUCAAUAUGAAAUUAAGGAAAAAGGAAAAGCAUAUCUCCUCUAAAUUUUAUAUCAUUAUUAAGCGACUCUAUAUAAUUAGCAUAGUGUAUUUCAUAUUAUUGGUGCAACUCUCAGUGCUAUGCUAUUAUCUAUUUGUAAUCUACUCAACCAGAAUCUUAAAGACUAUCAAUUUGGCCAUGUUUCUAUUCACAAUGUAAUUAAACUGUCCUAAAUAUUUAGACUGUCAUUGUAUGUAAUUGAAAUACAGUUGAAGAUUCCAAAGAAAUAAACUGAAAAGAGAACUGAUAUAUACAAGAGAAUAAUCUUUGUUCAAGAGGGAGCCAUCCUCAUUAUAUUUACUAUAUUGUUUGCACAGAAACUGUUCAAGGAUGAAAAUAAUACCACAAGCAACAUCUCAAUAGUAGAGAUUCUGAUAUUUUAUUUGUUGCAAUUGGGCAAGGAUCUCUUGGAAUCUGAGUAAUACGAGAAGAUAUCGAAGGAUUUCUAUGAUAAUCUGGACACUAGAUCUGAGGCUGUUGGAUUGGCGAUGAGUUUUGAAGCCAAUAAUAGAAAGCUGAUGAAACUCAUUGAGAGAUACAAGGAUAGAAAUGACUUGAAGGAGAGAAUAGACACCAUUACUAAGAUGAUAAAUGAAUUCAAUCAAGACAAGUAUGAAUAUCUAUCUGAAGUAGUCGCCAAUCUGAUUGUUAAGUCAUAAACAUACAGGAUCAAUACAACCCAAUGGCUGAACCUUUGAAACUCACAGUUUACAAAUGGAUUGAAUCUCAUAGAAAUCGAUUCUUAUUUGAACCUACGCUCUAGAUUUUCCACUUCAUUGCUUGUUCCAAUUUGUAAGUGUUGGAAAUUGCAGAGCAUGAAAUUCAAUACAUUUAGAAUCAGGAUUUCGAAGCCGUGAUUUCCUAUUUACAAAGUUUCUACAAGGAGGCCACGAAGUACAUAUCACCUACUUUAAGCAAAGAGAGUUUCAUGUAGUAGUUCUUACAAAAUAAGAAGACUGUUGGAUUUAGUUAAAACAAUGAGAUAAGGUAAAUAAAGAAGGAUUGGCAAAAUCUAAAAGAGAAGAUCUCAGAACAUGCUUCGUCAAACAAUUUAACUAGAGAGGACAUUUCUCAAUACAUCAAUCAAUACGAUUGGAAGAGAUUUCUUCUAGUCAUUGGACAAUUCAUAUUUUCUUUCUGGCAUUUCAUUUGUUUCAUCUUAUUGAUCACUUAUUACUUUCUAAAUCAUGGUUUCUUUACUAUAAUAAUGCCAUUAUUGGUUUUUGCUUACGGAGCAAUUGAAGAAUAACAGCCAGAUAAAUUAAUGUGGAUAUUCCCCUUCAUUUAUUUGAAUUUUCUUUGUGCCUUGGAGAAGUUGGACGAUCUAACUCCAUUUCUGUAAGACAACAACUUCUUGGUGUUUUUAUUUGGUGAGAACUCAGUCGUCUUCCAAUUCAUUACAAUCGUAGCUAUCAUAAUACAAGUGAACAUCAUGAAGAAUAUUGGUCUCUAUGAGAAAUUCAUAAAUCAAUAUGAGACCAUUUAUGGCAGUAUCUUAAGGCAUCUGUGUAAUGGCACCUUGAAUUUGGAAGAUGGAAUCAAGAGACCCAAGUAGUAAAAGAUUGUGAGAUCCAAAAGUUAAGAGAGAUUCUAAUGUUUGAAUACAGCCUUACAAGCAUAACGAGUUUCAAUAUAGAUGAAUCAAACCUUUACAGUUUUGCAAAAAUUGGAAGAUGAUCUGAUUGAUUACCUGACCAGAAUCAAACUAAUAAAGCCUAACUUUUUCUUUAGGGCUUUCAGCAAUAUGAAACCUGGAAAAGAUGUAUAUCCAUUCAUGGCUGGCAUUCAAAUUAUACUGGCCAUCUACAUAUUUUUAUUCUACGAUCAGAUGAAGUCUAUGGAUUCACCUUCCAUUUCAGAACUCUUGAAGUACAGUCAAUUUUCUGGUCACAUGGUUGUCGCCUUGCUCUUUCAGAUUCUGUGCAUUUUGGUCGAUAGGUACAUACUGCAAUACAAACCCAAAUCUGCCCAAUAUAGUAUAAUCGACGUAUUCUUCAAGAGUGGAAACAAGUAGAACCAGAAUCAAGUAAUGAUCCAGCAAUUCAACUAAUCGAAAGAUCAAUUGGAACCUGAGGAAGUGAAACAAAUUGAAAUUCAGAUGAGACAAACAAUUGGAGGAGCUGGAUAAAGACAAGAAGAGGCUAAUCCUCCAAUCAUUAGAAAACUCAGAUCGUUUUCGUAUGCAGAAAAGAGACAAAUAGAAUAGAAAUAGGUAGAAUAAGUUGCUCUAAGAUACAAGUACUAUUUUUAGGUAGUGUUACUGGUUUCUAUAAAUCUCUAUUUAUUAUAUUAGAUUAGAUAGAGCACUUGCAAUGUAGCAGGCGAAUGUCAAUAUAUCACUUACAAUAUAUUUAUGAUCCUCUUCUACAUGUUGAUUUGUUUGUACUUCUUUUUGUCUUCCAUUCAGAUUAAAUAUGGGAUCAACGAUCAAAUAGUAAACUACUGCAUUAAUUAUUACUUUAGGCAUAGAACACACUGAUGAAAGGAUACAAGUUCCACAAUUUUGUUAUUUUUAAGGUAUAUAAAUUAAUGCCCUUCUUGUUUGAAUUGCGAACCAUUUGCGAUUGGGCAUUUUCAGAAACGUCCUUAACAUUAUUUUAAUGGAUUAAGUUAGAGGAGAUACAUUCCCUAUUGUAUUUGGCCAAAUGUAAUUCCUACUUCUUUUCUAACAAAAAGGUUGGGGCCAAGAUUGCCUUUCACACUAAAUUUUCAUUAGGAUUCUUGGUAAUCAUAGUGUUAUUGGCCUUGUUGUUCGGUCCAAUCUUUUUGUACUCCCCAUUAAACCCAACAUUUUAGAAUGACAAUCUAAUCGGAGCCAAUAUUGAAGUGGGUUUGAAGAUAAACAAAACAAACUACUUUACAUUGUUUGUGAAUUCCCACGUUAGCGAUAUCCAUCAGAUUAGUGAAUACGAAUGGAAUGCCAAAAAUUUAUCUUAAUACAAAUUCUUAAACAAUAUUGACAAGGAGUCCCUGUAGAUAGUUAAAUUGACUCAUUUUUCAGACACAUAUUGGGACAUCAGCUAUCCUAGUUUGUAUUCAUUAUCUGAGAAUCUGAAAAAUGUGAUUGACAAGAAAGGGGCAUCAACCUUCAAUCUCAUACAAACUUAUAGGUUUAUGAGACAGUAUACAGAUCAAACAUCUCAGUUUGUGAGUGAUAAUUAUGAGUUGAAUAUCAACACGUUGAAGUAGAUCUACGAAUCGAUAGUGAGUUGUUAGGAGAAUAAAUAAAUGAGUAAUCCCAUUCAAUUGCAGAAGUUUUAUCAUGACUUCAUAAGAAUAGACAAGAAUAAGGAUAUUUCCAUAUUGGACGAGGGAUUGAUGAAUUCAGUGAUGAUACAAUUGAAUUGUACUGCCAACGAUCAGUUUUGGUGGUCAAUAUACUCAGAUUACAAAUAGUCAGUCGGGAUUAAGUUCUACAUUGUGAGUGAUAAGUACUCGAGUGCUUUGUUGGGAUACUCAAUCCUUGGGUUUUACAUAACGAUAGUGUACGUGGCUGGGAAGAUGGCAAGAGGGAUAAUGUCAGGGGGAAUAGACUUGAUAAUGUUGUAGGACAUGCCAUAUCCGGACAACUUGUUGAAGAUCUGCGAGGCAAUAAUAAUGGCGAGAGUGGAGAAGGAUCUAAUACAGGAGGAGUUGCUGUACUUCUAGUUGAUAGAUGUAAUACGGUCGCCGUAAUUGAUGCGGAAUAUAUCUGGAAGUUUUGUGGCAUAGAGAUUGCAGCGAUUGGAGAUAGACAAGUAGUUGUAGAAGUAGAAAUAGAAAUGA